UAGGCGGGAUUAUGCAGCAGGAUAUUACGCAUGUGGUUCAUCUGCUACACGCCACAGACAGGUGUCAUCAUGUCCAGGGUGCCGAUGGGCAAGGUGCUGCUGCGAAAUGUUAUUCGUCACACAGAUGCCCACAACAAGAUCCAAGAGGAGUCAGAAAUGUGGAAGUUGAGGUGGAUGGAGAAGGGUCCGUCCACCAGCCACAGACCGAUGCCACCAUCUUCAAAUCCAUCCAGGUUGAUAGACAUCAGAAUUGGAGUUCACUAUUACUCAGGAGUCACAUGCACUGUGAUCGCGUGGAGGAUGGGUCUGUAGAUAGACUGGGAGACCGGCUGCGGAGAAGAGAACACAGCUCUGGCCAGGAUGAGAGGGAGGCACGCUACUGGACCAAGGAACUCUAUGACUUCGAAGCCAAUGAUCCAGACAGAUGGGGACACAGCGGUUUUAAGGAGCUAUACCCAGAGGAGUUUAAAAGUGACUGGGAAAGAGACCGUGGGGAUGAUCAGAAUGGGCAUUGCAGAAAGAAAAAGACUAAGUCCAGACUUAAAACAGCCAAAUCAAAACAUCUGAAGAAGUCCUCCAAGAAGAAGAAGAAGAAGAAGAAGAAGAAAGAGGAAAAUAGGACCGGUGAGUCAGAUGGUGAGUCCAGCAGCGACAGUGUCAAACAGAAGAUGAAAAGCAACAAGAGCAAACAUAAGAGGAAAAAGAGUGAGAGAGAGGAGGAGAGCAGCUCAGAGAAGAGAGGGAGAAGGAGGAAACGACAGAUGGACUCCCACAGAGACUCAGGACCAGAGUCACACAAGAAGAGGAAAAACUGGAAAGCAGGAGCGGACAAAUCAGAGGACAGUUCUGAGGAUUGAACCUUUUUCCAUUGGUAGCCAGUAACCUGUAACUUCAUACUGCUCCCUUUCAGUUGCCUAUCUUAAAGCUUUCACAGUUACACCCCACUUCCACAUGAGUCCAAUGUUUCCCAUUAGAUUUCUUGUGAACAUGGCCAUAACCAUAGCUAGAUAAGUUUGUGAUUUAUCCAAUGACAAGACAACUGAGGAAUUGGCUAAAGUACAAAUACAACUUUUGAACAGACCUACUGGCAGGGAAAAGCAUAUUGUUCUUCGCUUUACACCUUUCCUCUGCAAUACUCUUUUGUGUUGUACUUCUUUCUGUGUACUGCUGAGCACAAACCUGUCUUCUCCUCCCCUUGGGCAUUCUUCACAGUAAUACCUCCUCUUCUAUUACUGGUUCUGUUCCAGCUGCAGUGCUCAGAUAGUGAGCUGACACUGCACAAAUAUGGACUCAGAAAAGCCACCUCAUGACAAACUGACUGUGGAGCCAUGUCUCAUAGUUAGUGUCCAGGCUUUACUUUAGCUGUUAUAUUAUGGAAAAUUUUCAUUUUAUGCAGAUUUCCCGACUAAUUAUGACAAUCUCUUCUGCUUUUUUAAAAUUCAGUAUUUAUUUUUUUAAACUUUUGUAAUUUAUGGUAGUCAGAAUUUCAUGGAAUGUCAGGACAACAUUGAAAAUAAAAUGCAUAUUUGUUUGUAAAAAUGUACUCUGGUUAUCACACCACACAUUUAGACAUAUCACAUACAUCUCAUGUAUGGUUUUGAAUACAGGAUAUCUACAUGACUAUCAUUCACUAUUCUCAGUAGGCCUAUAGCCGUUCUAUUCCAUGACCAUGUAUAUUACUCUUUAUGCAUCCAAUUCUACAUUAAAUAUUGCUUCCAUAUGGCCCUUUGGUUGAAUCCUUCAUGUGUACCAUGUACAAUAGAACAUUGUGUUAUUGGUGUACGGUUUCCCUCUAGUGUUCAGUUUCUACAGUUCUCACUGUAGAUGCAAUGUGCAAGAAAAUGGAAUAGAUGAACACUGAAUGAGAAUGUCUACAUUUCUAUAUAAACUCUUUUAAUAAAGAGACCUGCUGAAAAAGGUGCUAUUGUCUAAA